AUGUCGUCGAUUGAUUCUCAUACCCCUUCGGCCACCAAGGCUGAGGCCGAGACUGAAGUCAGAGCCCAGUCGUCAGAAGACGCUGUUAGCGAGCAGGUAGCAAUUCUGGGAAAGAAGAGUCCUGGUGUUGCGCGCAUUGAAGCAAUCAAUGCCCACCUCACUUCCUUCGAUCGCUGGUUCCUCGGAAUUGGUGUCUUCUUGAUUGCAUACGCCUAUGGUCUCGAUGGAACCGUUCGAUACACGUAUCAGAGUACUGCUCUUUCUUCGAUUGGCGAGCACUCGUUGCUUUCGACUGUCAACAUUGUCCGCACUGUCAUUGCUGCUGCUGCUCAGCCUACAGCAGCAAAGAUUGCCGACGUCUUUGGCCGUGUCGAGCUCGUCUACCUCUCCAUCUUCUUCUAUCUUCUGGGUACGGUGAUUGAGGCUGCUGCCCACAACGUCAGUGCCUUCGCAGCUGGAGCCAUCUUUUACCAGAUUGGUUACACUAUCGUCACACUUUUGGUCGAAAUCAUCGUCGGAGAUAUCUCUUCUUUGAAGGGGAGAUUGGCUUGGAGUUACAUCCCGGCCUUACCCUUCCUGAUCAACACCUGGGUCUCAGGAGACGUCGCAUCUGCUGUAUUGAAGACCACUACCUGGCGCUGGGGAAUCGGCAUGUGGGCCAUCAUCUACCCCGUCUGCGCUAUGCCUCUCAUCGUCGCCCUAUUUAUUGCAUCCAGUCGCGCGAAGAAGGCUGGCGCCCUGGCCAACUACCAGUCUGCUUUCCAGCGCAACGGUAUGGGCAACACUCUUGUUGCUCUGUUCUGGCAACUGGACGUCCCUGGCAUCAUCCUGAUGAUUGCUAUGUUUGCACUCAUCCUUGUACCCUUCACCAUUGCUGGAGGACUCGCCGAGACAUGGGGCACAGCUCACGUCAUUGCUCCUCUGGUCAUUGGUAUCUGCCUCAUCCCCGUCUUCGUCCUCUAUGAACGUCGCGCUCCCCAUCCUCUGGUACCGUUCCAUCUCCUGAAGGACCGCAGUGUCUGGGCUGCUCUUGGUGUCGCCUGUCUGCUCAACAGCAUCUGGUACAUGCAAGGAGGCUACCUUUACACUGUCGUUGUCGUUGCUUUCGAUCAGAGCGUCAAAUCUGCUACCCGCAUCACUUCGCUCUACAGCUUCGUUUCUGUUCUGACUGGUGUGUCGCUUGGUCUUCUUGUCCGCUUCGUGAAGCAGAUCAGACACUUGAAGCCAUUCAUUGUAUUUGGCACUCUGAUGUUCAUGGUUGCAUUCGGUGUCUUGCUCCGUUUCAGAGGUGGACUGACCCAGAGCUCCUACGCUGGAAUCAUCGCAGGAGAGGUCAUUCUGGGUUUCGCUGGUGGUCUCUUCCCUUACCCGGUCCAGACCCUUAUCCAAGCAGCCACUCAGCACGAGCAUCUUGCCUUGGUCACCGGUCUGUACCUCGCACUCUACAACAUUGGAUCCGCCAUUGGCUCAACCAUUUCCGGUGCCUUGUGGACCCAGAUCCUUCCUGGAGAGCUUGAGCGCAACCUGGCUGCAGUCACCAACAACGCUACUGUUGCUGUCUAUGCUUACAGCAACCCUCUUUUCUUCAUUCUCGACUACCCUGUUGGCACCCCCGAGCGCGACGCCGUCAUUGUCUCAUACAGACACAUUCAACGUCUGCUGUGCAUCACUGGCAUCUGCCUUUGCAUUCCAUUGAUCGCCUUCUCGCUAUGCUUGCGUAACCCUCGCCUUGGCAAGGAACAAUCUCUGCCCGAUGCCGAAAAGAACGUGUCUGAGACCUCCAGCGAGGUCGAUGUCGAACAGACCCCCAAGAGGGGCGGCUUCCUCCACAAGCUGUUCUAA